UUGGUCGCUAAUGAAGUGUUGUGUAUAUUGUUAAAUUAGAUCACCUGCACUAAGAGAAAUGGAUCGAUAAAGAAAAAUGGUGGUCAUGCAGAAGUCAAGAACUGUUUCAUUUUUUGGAUUCCAUCCAAAAAUGUGACAUGUAAAGGAAAGACAGAUGGUUUGACAAAAAAUUGUGGAAAAAUAUUGUGAAAAUGUGACGGGUGAAAUGACGUGGCUGUGAAGAAUAAUUACGGAAUUUCAUUCCUUCAGGAAAUUGUGAAAUCUUUGUGUUUUCCAGUUGUCAUAACAUAUCAAAAACCAGCAUGACUUGAUGAAGGAGUGGACAUAGAUUGAAACACAUAUCAGUGUUGUCAUUGUUGAUAUAUAAAAAAUACAUAUAUAUUUUUAAAACUUUUAACAAAGUCAAAAUGGGUAAUAUUUUUAACAAGAGCAACAAAUCGGGACCAAGGUUUAGGACUGUAGUACCUAACCAUGUUGUAGGACCAGAUAUACCUGUGAAAAACAAGAACCAUCCAAACUGUGAUUACCGUAGCAACCGUAUCAAAACCACUAAGUACUCUGCGCUUACAUUUUUACCAAAAAAUUUGUUUGAGCAAUUUCACCGAUUUGCCAAUUUAUAUUUUAUUUUGGUUGUGGCCUUGAACUGGGUGCCUCAAGUUCAAGCUUUUGGAAAGGAAAUUGCCAUGAUUCCUGUUAUUUUUGUACUUGCUGUAACUGCAGUUAAAGAUGCAUUUGAAGACUUUCGACGAUACAAGUCUGAUAGAAAAAUCAAUCAUCAUACAUGUCGACGGUAUUCUAGUGCUGAUGGGAGGUAUGUGAAGAGCGAGUGGAUGGACGUCCAUGCCGGAGACUUUGUCCACCUGGCCUGUGACGAAAUCAUUCCUGCGGACAUUCUACUACUUCAUUCCAGUGAUCCCCUCGGAAUUUGUCAUCUGGAAACCAGCAAUUUGGAUGGAGAGACCAAUCUCAAACAGAGGCAGAUAGUUCAUGGCCUGAAAUAUGAAGGGAGUAAGUUUGCUGUGAGCAAAUUUAAGUACAGUGUCGAGUGUGAACUGCCGAAUGCUGAAAUCUACAAGUUCAAUGGUUACAUAAAAUUGGAAACUGGAGAGAAGGUAUCUCUAAAUAAGGACAAUCUGUUACUGAGGGGCUGUACCAUUAAAAACACAGACUUUGUGGAGGGGAUUGUAUUGUACGCAGGGCAUGAAACCAAAGCUAUGUUGAACAACCGUAAUCCUCGGUACAAACGGAGUAAGCUGGAGCGCCGCAUUAAUCGUGACGUCAUCUACUGUGUCAUCCUUCUGCUGUUCCUGUGUCUGUUCUGCGCCAUUGCCAGUGGGAUAUGGCUGUCUAACUUUGAGGACAGUACAGUGGUCCUGUUCAUCCCCUUUGAGAGUUUGGAGUGGUACAAUCCGUACUUCCAGGCUUUUGUGGUCUUCUUUACCUAUAUCAUUAUAUUCCAGACUGUGAUACCCCUUCCACUGUAUGUUUCCGUGGAAAUUGUCAAACUAGGUCAGGUGUACUUUAUAAACAAUGACAUUGAGCUCUACUACGAACCAAUGGACAAGCGGAUAGAAUGCCGGGCCCUCAACAUCACCGAGGACCUGGGUCAGAUCGAGUACAUAUUCUCCGACAAAACCGGCACGCUGACAGAGAACCAGAUGGAGUUCAAGACGUGUACCAUUGGGGGAACGGACUACCCCCACACUCCAGAGUACGACGAGGAUGACUUCAGUGACACUGGCAGCCGUUACUCGCUGGCCAACAUCAGUCGGACCAGCUCGGUCAUGGAGAACCUAAAACUUGAACCAGGUCUGGAGCGAGAAAUCUCACGGAUGUGUCUCAGGAGUCUUAACAGUGUGAACUUGGAUCUCCCUGACACUAGCUCCCCAAACUCUCAGAGAAUUCAAGAGUUUUUCUUGUUAAUGGCUAUCUGUAAUACUGUGGUUGUCACACAUCACGCUCACGAAGAUUUGAUGGAUGAUAGUGGGUCAAUUCUGGAAGGGAAUUACAAAGGCAAAAACAGGUCACAAGAUGACCUGGAUAAAUUAAGUCGGACAGGAGAUCCUCCACAGAAAAAACCUCCUUUGAUAAAUCUCCCAGACACCCCAGUGACACGGAAGGGAGUUCUACCUCCACUGAACCCCCGUGAUAUCGGGACACCCCCAACAGGGAAAAGAUCCAAUGGUCACGCAAACAUUGGGAAUGUCCCUCCAAUAACUUUUUCGAGUUCCUACGACUUUGAGAGAAACCGUGAUUUUGUGAUCAGUACACCAUCAGAGGGCAGUAUAGCAGGGUCCUCGUACAUCUCAGACGGCUCGCAGCAGUCUCGCUACGAGGCAGAGAGUCCAGACGAGUUAGCUUUAGUGAGAGCGGCGUGUACCUACGGAUGUCGCCUUGUGAAACGCAGCAUAGAGAAAGUUCGCGUCUGGCUGCCGGGUGAGGGUGAGGUAGAGUUUGAGGUCCUGGAGGUCUUACAGUUCGACUCGACAAGGAAGAGGAUGUCUGUGAUCACCAGGAACCCCAACAACAAGGAAUUGGUCAUGUUUACCAAGGGGGCAGACACCGCAGUGCUGGGGGUACUACACAGAAAGUUCAAGGAGGACAAAGAUUUACAUAGAAUGGUCAAGGAAACAGAGAAACACAUUCUGAAUUAUGCAAUGCAAGGUCUACGUACGCUUUGUAUGGCUAAAAAGGUACUAUCACGCGUGGAAUACGAGGAGUGGAAGGUCCGAUUUAACGAGGCCUCAGCGGCCAUGGAGGACAGAGAAGAGAAGAUACUGCAGGUCACGUGUGAGAUAGAAAAGGACCUGGAUCUGUUGGGUGCCACAGGUAUAGAGGACAAACUACAGGAGGGAGUACCUGAAACCAUUGACAAACUCAGGAAAGCAGGCAUCAAAGUGUGGGUGCUCACUGGAGACAAGCAGGAGACGGCUAUUCAGGUUGCCUAUUCCUCGAAACUGAUUGGUCAGAAGGACCAGGUCCUCAUUAUCAAUGCCAAUGAUCUGACGUGUACCAAAGACCUCCUGGAGCAUCACUUGCAGCAAAUAGAGCGUGACACGUCAGGGCCUACCGAGUCCUCACCCUUGGGGAGGAAACAGGAAUACACCCUAGUGAUCGACGGCCGUACCCUAGCUUAUGCCCUUGCUGAUAAGCUGGAGGACACUUUCCUAAAGCUGGCUCAAAAGUGUACCUCUGUUGUGUGCUGUAGAUCCACCCCCAUACAGAAGGGAUCUGUGGUCAAGUUGGUUAGAGACAAGUUGAAUAAAUUAACAUUAGCCAUAGGUGACGGGGCGAACGAUGUCAGUAUGAUCCAGGUGGCCGACAUUGGCAUCGGAAUCUCCGGACAGGAAGGGAUGCAGGCGGUGAUGGCUUCGGACUUUGCCAUCUCGCGCUUCAUGUUUCUACAGCGCCUCCUAUUGGUGCAUGGACACUGGUGCUACUGCCGCCUCGCCCGAUUCUCCUCUUUCAUGUUUUACAAGAGUUUGGGGAUAGAAUUUACCAUGCUCUGGUUCCAGCUGUACAGUGGAUACUCGGGCUCGCUACAAUUCAACAGCCUCUUUCUGCUGUUUAUCCAUGUUUUAUUCACGGCUUUUCCGCCGGUUGUAAAUGGUAUAUUUGACAAAGACCUAAUGCCCGAGACACUGUUGCGCUUCCCAGAAGUUUAUAAAAUGGGGAUUGAGGACAAGCAAUAUACUCGUUUUAGUUUUUUCAUUGCCCUCCUGGACUCCAUUUAUCAGAGCAUCAUACUCUACUGGGUGGCUCAUUUUGCCUAUGAGUCAGAGCAGGUGGGGAUCUGGGAGUUUGGUACUACUCAAAUGGUGGCACUCAUCCUUAUCAUCCUCUUCACGGGUGCCAUAGACACUUACUCCUGGAUUUGGCCACAGUGGCUGACCAUGAUCCUGAGCUUUGUGUUUUUCUGGCUCUUUGCCAUCGUCUGUCAUGCUAUCUGGUUCACCUUUGAUCACCCAGCCAACCCGUACUGGGUGAUGCAGAACACCCUCGUCAAACCGAUCCAUGUCAUCACCGUGGUCAUCAUCACAGUCCUCUCCCUCCUCCCCAGAUUUGUGAUCCGGAUAUUCCAAAGAACAGUUUUUCCGGAUGAUAUUGUCAAAGCUCAGCUCUGGGAGAAAAGUCAGCAUACUCGGCGGGACUCAGUUCAUUCCGUAGAUACUCAGGACACAGGGGAUAUAAUCUCAGAUCAGGAGGCUCGAAGAAACGGGCAGCAGUCAGCCGAGACGGAUAUCAGGAUACGUAACUGCGGCACUACCAAGACUUCAACAACGAUAGCGUAGUGGCGCAAGAGCCAGUCAAACUGGUAAUUUACCAUACACAAGUGCGUCAACCAAUCACAACGAGUCCCUUAUUGAGGUGACGUGGAGAGGACGGGAUCCUAGGAAGUCUGACGGAGCACAGAGUCAGAGUUUGUGCCAUGGUUGAUGAGAAGUUCUUUUAUUGAUGAGAACCACUCUAAAACUUCACUCAUUCAGGUCUUUUGACCUUUGUCUCUGAUUGUGACCAAUUGCUGUCUUUCAUUUGGGCUGACUUGUAGAGUGUGAAUUGUGGGAGUGAAUGCGAUGUAUUUAUCUGCUGAGUGCCUGUUUAGCUGUAAUGUAUGUUCAGAGUGAAAGUAUAGUAGUAGUUUUAUUUACUAAAACCUGACAUGUGUUUUUGACUAUUUUUUUUUUUAUAAAUACCACUUAUUUUUAAGAUAUACAUGUAAAGUAUAACACAGUUUAUUUGUAGCGUAUCCGUAACUGUGUGUUUGUAAUCAAAUGGGGACCUCCUGUUUAGAAGAGUAGCUCUAUUUAUAAGCUCCAAGCUUUACACACAUGAUAUGACAACCAUCUGAGUGUUCUCCUCUCUGCUUUAUUGUGGUGUUUUCACUGCCACUAGUUUUUACACUGCUGUUUGAAGCUAGUGCUUCAAACCCUCCACCAGCUGUCUAGUUUCUAACUGUGUUUCUCUUUUGUCAUGUAAAGUUGCUCUUUUUCAUGAUUAAUACUUUUUUUUUUUUUUAAUAACCAUUGUAUGCGUCCAUGCUUCUAUAGAAAUAUGUGUUGUAAAAUCAACCUAAAAGAAAUGUUGUUCUAUUAAGUCACUGCUGAAAUGUUGAAUGUUCAAUAAAAUAGGUAGUAUUUAUUUAUAGACAUUCUUGGAAACAAGUGCACUUCUAUGAAAAAGGACUAGCUGUAGGUGACUUAUUUGUCAAAGAAGUGUAUAUUUGUAUAUGUAAUUCAUUACUAGAUGAGAACAUUCAGCUGUUGUGUCUAAUUGAUUAUGCUUCUGAUUUAUAGAAAUUUUUUUUCUAAAUCUGCAUUUUAUUAUAAAAAAAAUGUGUACUAUGUACAGCAAAAAUAUUUAAAGGGCCCCCAAAGAUAGAACGGAUUAUUGCAAACUGGUGAUCACAAUUCCUUAUUGAAUGUAGAAUGGAUGUGAGAGUUCAUUAACAUAUCUUUAUUACAUAGUUCAUGUACAAUGUAUCAGCACCUCUGUAUAGGGGAUAUUUUAUAAACACUUUUGUGCCAAAGCAGACAUAAUCCAUUAAUGUGAAAUGAGAAUCCAUUCAUUAGAUGUGUGUGUCUGUGUCCAGACUUCUAGAGUUAAGUCCCUUUGGGUUUAAAUCUCUGCUUCAUAUAUUCGCUUUUACAGAGAAAAACAAACAUCAUUGCAUCCCUGAAUUUUUUUAACUACACAAAACAUUCCGUCCUGUAAAAGUCAAUUAUGUACAAUAAAUGCCUUAAUCAAAAUUUUAAACCAUCUACCACACCUUCUCUUAAGUCAACCCCACAAAGCUCCACCAAGAGGGAUUUUAUCAUGUUAAAAACAAUUUUCUGUGACUCUGCUGGGAUGUUUGUAUGAAAGAAUGAUCUGGUUGAAGGGAAAACAACUCUCUGAUCAGAUUUAUUUAUUUUUUCUGUCUAAGUGAAAUAUGGAAUUACCAGUAAGAAAUUGUAGUUCUGUUUUAUUUUAAUCUCGUUUUACAUACUUUUGAAAGGAGGCAUACAUGUGAUAUCACUUUUGUAAACAUAAAUUCGUGUUCUUAUGAGGAAUAUAGUAGACAUUUCUUUUGUAGAAAGGAGAAAAAGAAGUUUUCAACAUCAGUGAACUUCUUCUUCUAUUUGGGGAUUUCAGACUUUUUUGUUGUAUCUUUUGUAAACCAUUUUUUUUUCUUAAAACUUCCAAUUUACGGAAUAAUGGCCAACUUUUAUAACUCGUUGAUAACCUAUUUUAAUUAGUCACAGAGUGACAUACAUGUUGUUCGUUAGGAAUGACCGGUUCUUGUGUUUAAUCAAUGUUCCUGUUUUUACAAUCUUAAUUGUCACAAUAUUUCUUUGAAACGAGUAAAGUUUUCUGCAAAUAAUGCAUUUUUCUAGAUAACUGUGCAUUUUUUAUUAGUUUAAAACCAGAAUGGUGUGUAAUAGUGUUUUAAUUUUUGGAGGUUCAUGUAAUGUUUAUGGUGUUAAUUUUUGUGUCUCUGAUUUUUCAUUAACAUUGAAUUCUUGAAAAAUACAUUGUGAUAAACCAUUGUCUGUUAUUUCUUCAUAUUAUGGGAAUGCUUUUUGAUUCAUCUGUGAUAAAUACAAAUAUAUUGUGCUUGUAAACAAUUUUUUUGCUCCAGUGAAGGAGCUCUGAAAUAAAUUAUGGUUAUAUUGUUGAA